UCACGGUUUAGUCAUUCGCGUCGCAUCGGAAGUGAUGGUUCGGUUUCACUUUUACUUCUUCGUGUUUGUUCGCAACCGCUUCUCACAUUUCUAUGUGCAACUAUUGCGCAUGUGAUAUUACGGCUUUCUUCCUUGACAACCCCUUGCCUACCGCAAGGCGUAAACAAUAACGACCCUUCUCAAUGAGUUAUUAGGAUGGAUCGGAAGCUUCGAGGCAGUAGUGAAUCAUAUAUUUUCUUUCGACUAGUACUUUCCAAGGAUUACACAUGCAGAUUAUGAAAUACUAUCACAAAUUUUCGCGGUGUCAUCUAGUUUUUCGAUCUAUUUACUGUCAAUAUAAGUGUUAAGAAAAGAAAUCGAGUUCGAAAAAUAUCUUGUGUUGAAAGAGUCAUACAGAAUGAUCCUCCCUAACCGGAAUAGUUCAUAUAAGAAAUGUUAUAUGUGUAGGUAGAGCAGCAUUAAAAUGAGGCGUAGAUUUUUUAUGUAAAUUUUUGAAAAUUAAGGGCACAUUUACGUUUGUGUAUUAAAAACCUACGACAAUGAUCUGUCGGAUAGCUGCCUGUCAGUUGCUCGGUAUGGCGUUAAGCAUAAUUACCACCCUUCCAGUGUCAUUUACAUGUGCUGGUUUAGCGACAAACGAAGUGCACUUGGAUUGUGAGGAUGAUAUAAAAAUGGGCUUUAAAGGAAGGACUACAACCCCAAUUGUAGAAUAUUUUAAGGAACAUGAAGUCAGCGAAAAAGAUUCCAGAAUAGCCUUGGAAAAAUUAAAUCUGGAUGAAGUCAUCAAAGUUCCAGCAUGGUGUGACGAAUGUGGAAUUGAAAAGAUUCAUUUUUGUCAUUCGACCGCUUUCAUCAACGACCACUGUUGCUGCGAGCAUCGUCAUGCGAGAGAAAAAUUGCCAUGGAUUCCGCACACUUGCUAUGUAGGAAAAGAACGAUGUCAGCCGCAUACCAGUUCCUGUAGCAAGUACCGAGAGAUUCGUGAAUGCUGUUGCGAUCGGCUGCUCAUAGGAGAGUACGCAGCAAAAUUCUCCGCAGGGGCACGCACCUGUAUCACAAGACAAGUGGCCAGCUGGAUUCUGUCAAUGCUUUGCAUGAUCGUGUCUUUGCUUUUCUCAAGUUAGCUCCAAAAAGACACGCACCAUCUUAUCCUGCAGUACCGUACUAUUUACAAGGCCAUAUUCUAAAAAUUUAAAGCGACUGUGCACUAUGUAACCCAUUUCCCGCGCGUUAUGUCGUUCGGUUUCACCGAACAACUCAAUUUCGAAUACAGUUUAAGGUUUAUAAAUUCGAAACGUAAACUAAUUAGGAAUCGAUCGAACUUUGAUUCGCAACAUAGUUUUAAACAGAUAUGCUUGCGGUUAACAAGAAAUGGAAUUUUGAAUUUGAGAUUGUGAAGUAAAAAUGUUUUUCUCUCCGCGGCAAAUGGGUUCAUACAAACUGCAAAAUCUACCAGGUUUGUGUAUCCAGAUUUUUACGCACCAUAAGAACGGGUGCUAUAAUGCGUCUUCGUAAUUUCCGAACCUCUCUGCUUACGUCAGUUUCGUGAUUUCUGGAUUCCUGGUAACACUAAUGUUGCCAAAAUUAUUGUUUUUCUUGCGAAAUAUAUGAAGAGUCAAACUGACGUAAGCAAAGUUGUCAAAAGGGUAAGAAUUUUUCAUUAUAGCUUCCGAUAGAAGUGCUGCAUAACAUAACUGUGGAAGUACAGUGGCUCAGUGAGAGAAGCAAUAUGUGAACUAUUGUAAUGUUUAAAAUACUUACAAUCAGAACCAAGUUUGCAAGCAAAUAGAAUCGCAUAUUUUGUUACUACAACCAAACACGCAGUUCAGAGAUGGUUACAUGAUUCAGGAUACGAAAAUUAGAUAAUCAGAAAAGUUCUGAGUAGGUUGCAGAAUGAUAAAAAUGAGUCCAAAUAAUUUGAAAACCCACCAGUAUUGUUGAAGUAAUUAACUCAAAAUUAAUACAAAUGAUAAUCUUGCUUAUUUAAUGCCGCUCUAGUUCACAUAUUGGAUGUCACCUGAAACAACAGAAAACUAUGUAUAUCACAAGUGUCAUAUAAAAAUAAUUAAACUUAGCUAAAAUAAGGUUUAGAUUGUACUUGAGUCAGUGUAAGGCUGUGGUGUAUUUAAAGUGCUAUUACAAAUAAAUUCCUUUAUUCGUAUACAAAAUAAACGGCAGUUUACUCGUUAA